AUGUAUUUCGAGAGGAAGGAGCUCAUCCAAUCCCUGGAUCUCCUCUGCUUCAUUCUCUUCGUUUACACAUGGCUGCUGGACAACCAAACCUUUCUUCUAAUCGUCAAGGCUGCUUUGCAAGUCCAGUUCUGCAAUCCGGUCCAGAUGCACCCCACCUGGUCUCUGCCCUUCUUUGUCGUCUUUCUAUGCUUCCUCAACUUGAUUCUUGCACUGGCACACCUUUGGACUCCGCCGAGCCAGACGAAUACGGGCGAUGCCAUCUUUAUCGAUUUCGUCGGGCACACCGCCAUUCCGGGCCGGUUGCACGUCUUGGUGAUUGAUGCCUUUGUCUGCUUUGUUCAGCUCGUCAUGACGGUGGUUGCGUUCGAGACGGGCAAGGAUGAGCUCAAGCCUGACGACGAGCCGAGUGCCUUGGAUGAUGCCACGACAAUUUUGGAGCAGGACGAUUUGGGACAAGGAUGGGAUGUGCGCGACGAAGAAGCAAGGUUGUUUGGACUAGACCAAGCCGACGAAAGGAAAAGGCAGUCCACGAGCUUGACUCAUCACAUUGCCGUCGUGCGACUACGCCCUAUCUACGACCAGAUCGUGUCGAGGCAGUUCCUGCCGAAUCAGCCUUCCGAAGAAGCGAAUGUAGCGCAGCCGGAAGCAUCCCCACCCCUCCCAGCACCCGUGCAGCUAGAUUCCGCAAUACCCGCUACGAGUCGCAUUCGGCGCUUCUCUCGACAUUCCCGCGCAAGUGCAAUUCAUAGACCAGAGCAGGCUGAAGCUUAUACAGGGCUGGGCCCUGUGUCGGCAGACAACUCUUGGCCGCCCAUGUGGCUUGUCGUUGCGCGCAAUCUCGUCGUUGGUGGUGCCAGAAUACCUUCCUUUCGACCUACGCAAGACCUCGCAUCGAUACGUACCAACUUGACCGGAAGAUUCGGUCGCAUCCUCAGUCACGCUCCUGACCGCUCGCAGUAUACACGCAUCAAUCCAGACGCACCACCGGAUACUUGA